AGCAAUGAAUUUGUGUAAUUAAAGCAGAACAUGUACAUAACACUGCAUAGAGUCGGAAUAACAGAUAUCUUAACUUCUAAAGUCUCGAACGCUUAAUAAUUCUAUUCACGAGGCCGACCGCCGCGUUAUUUUGCCAGAUUCUUUCGUUUUGAGUGAAAACGUGUCGAAUGAAUUUACAUCAAAUUACAUCGCUGCUGAGUGUUGCAAACGUCGCUUUUACAAAUGCGAUGAUUCUACGUUAGGCUGAAUGAUGAAGGUCGAAUUUCGAUCAUAUGAAUCAUGUCAACACUCAUUGAGAUCAACAGUGACUCAUAUCCAAACGAGGAUUGCGUUACCACUAUGAUCGAGCGAAUCAACUCGACGGUGACGUACAAUGAUUUCUUCUCAAAGUAUCUAAUAUGUAAUAAACCAUGUGUCAUUAGUUUUCAAGCAAUCGAGAACUGGCCGUGUAGGCAUGAAUGGGUAUUGAACGGUGCACCUAAUUUUGAGGUGCUCCGCAAGCUGUUUGGACAUUCCAUUGUCCCAGUUGCUGAUUGUAAUAGAAAGCUUUAUAAUACGCAAUUUAAGAAUAACAUGCCUAUGGAGAGUUACUUGGAAUAUUGGGCUGAUUACAAGCAAAGCUGUUAUGAUAAAUCGAUGCCAUUGUUGUACUUGAAAGAUUGGCAUUGCGUGAGAAGCUUCUCGAAUGUCCCAAUGUAUGAAGUACCUCAGUAUUUUGUAUCAGACUGGUUAAAUGAAUAUUACAUUACUCAUCCCGAACUAAAUGAUGAUUACAUGUUUGUAUACAUGGGACCAAAAGAAACCUGGACUCCAUUGCACGCGGAUGUUUUUACAUCAUAUAGCUGGUCUGCAAAUAUUGUCGGAAAAAAGAGAUGGUUGCUCUUUCCUCCGCACGAAGAAGAUCACCUUCGUGAUCUUUACGGGCAAUUGGUAUACGAUGCAGUUUCAGAGGAACUCAAAGAUCAUACGAAGUAUCAAAUGUACGAUAGUGAAAAGUUAAAAUGUUUUGAUGUAAUUCAAGAAGUAGGAGAGAUCAUGUUUGUGCCAUCAGGAUGGCAUCAUCAAGUUUGGAAUCUGGAAGAUACAAUUUCUAUUAAUCACAAUUGGAUCAAUGGCUGUAAUAUCACCAAUGUAUGGUGUGCAUUAAAAAAGGAAUUAAGAUCUGUUAUGAAAGAAGUUGACGACUGCAAGGAUAUGAAGAACUGGAAUGAACAUUGCCAAUUAAUGCUAAAAACCUCUUAUGGCAUGGACUAUAAACAGUUUCUGGAAUUUAUAUCGUUUAUUGCUAAGAACCGUUUACAUGCUAUGAUAAAAAAGAGUCAAGUCAUAAGUUUUAAUAAGUAUCGUUUUGGAUAUAAUCAUUGUUUGUUUGAUUUGCGAGCACUUAAAAUCAUAUUGGAGAAUAUUAUCAUAGACGCGCAAGAUCUGUCGGUGUACAAUUUGAUGUGUAAAAAUGAUGAAGCCUGCAUUUUACUGAAAAAUAUUGCUUCGUUUCUCAAUUCUUGUAAUAUUGAAAAUGCAGUUUUUCCAUGAAUAUAAAAUCCAAUAAACUGUUAAUGAAACAAGACAAACUGUUAAAAAACCAAUUGUAGAUUUUGUUGUAAAUAUAGCAUGUACUUUCACAAUUUAUAUCAUGUCAUUUUUUAUGUAUAUGUGUGUUAAGUUUUAUAAAUCUCCCCCCCCCUCUCUUAACUUCAUUUAAAUUUUCUCUUAAAAGAUAACAUUUUGCAGAGUUAUCACUUAUUUUAAAAUUGCUUUUGUACAGUAAGCAUUAUAUUAGAUGCCAUUUAAUCAUAGCAGACACAAGUAAAAUUUAUAAGAAAUUAAAAAAGGAAUUAUUAAUUUAGAGAUUGCA